UUAUUAUUAUUAUAAUUAUAAUAAACUAAAGCAGUUAUUAGAAACGGCCGAAACUGUUAUCGAGCGAAACAGAGUAAACCCCGCCGCUGUGUGUGUGUAUUGUGUCUCAGGUGCGGUCCUCCCGCAGGUGGAGGAGAGGCGCGUUCCCGUGCGUGCCGCGCGCGAGCCGAGCCAAGCCAAGCCAAGCCAAGGCGAGCUGUGGGAGGAGAGCCGCGCGGAGCCAUUUUGAGGGCAUUUUGAACGGGGAGCGGGCGAGAGACGGGAUCGCGCUGCGCGGACACGGCGCCGGCGCUUCUUCUCCAACUUUUCUCAAACUUCCCGUGGGCUUCGGGUCGGCGACGCGGACGGCAGAUGCCUUUUCCGGCGGCUGCGCUGCCGAACCCGCGCGGAUCCCGGUGCUUUUGAAGAGCAUGGAAGCGGCGGUGCGUUGGCUGUGGGCUGCGCUUCUCCUCCACCACGUACCUGCGCUCAGGUGUCUCCUCCACGUGCACGUCGCGGACCACUCGCCCCCCGGGGCUCUCGUGGCCAACGUGUCCGUGGGAGCGGGCUGGCGCUACGCGCUCGAGCGGAGCGCGGCUGCCGGGCGCGCGGCGGAGCGCUGGCUCGCGGUGGACGGACGGCGCGGGCUCGUGCUCGUGUCCCGCGCAGCGGACUGUGCCGCUUUGCCCGGGAACCCGGCGCCCGUGCGCGUCAGGAUCAGCUCGCUCACGGCGCGGCACUUCAUCCUGGUGCGUUUGAGCGCCUUCGUGCACGGCCACGGCUGCUCCUACAAGACGCGCGAAGCCGAAGGACGGAGCCGCGGGAGGAAGGAGCCCGAUGUGCACCUUAACUACUUGUGGGGAGCCGGGGACGCGCCGCGCUCCCCCGCAGCAGGUGAGUCCCCGCUGAACGCCUCGGCGGCGCUGCUGUCCCGGUUGUGGCGGAGCCUGCGGCUGUCAGCGCCGUCGUGCGCCCGGAGGAGCGGGGACGCGGCAGGGAGCGCGGAGCUCCUGUGCGCGGCGCGCGGCUCGCGCAGCUCGCGCGGCCCGGCCGCGGCGGUCUCCGUGCGCGUGAGCUGGCGCGCGUCCACGCGGACGCGCAGCGGCAGGAGGAAGAAGAGGAGCGUCAACUCGGCGCCGCAGUUCCAGCUGCCCAACUACCAGGUGUCGGUGCCCGAGAACGAGCCCGCGGGCACCCGCGUCAUCACCCUCAAGGCCGUGGACCCGGACGACGGAGAGGACGGUCGAGUCCGGUACUCCAUCGAGGCCCUUUUCGACAGCAGGUCCAACGACCUCUUCCAAAUCGACGCGCGCACGGGCAGCGUCUCGACCACGCAGCCCUUGGACAGGGAGCUCAAGGACACGCACGUGUUCAAAGUGACCGCCGCCGACCGCGGGGCCCCUCCGAGAUCGGCCACGACGUUCCUCACGGUGACCGUCAGCGACACCAACGACCACGGGCCCGUGUUCGAGCAGACCGAGUACAGGGUCGGCAUUCGGGAGAACGUGGAGGUGGGCUUCGAGGUCCUCACCAUCAGGGCCACGGACGGGGACGCGCCGUCGAACGCCAACACGAUCUAUAGGAUCGUGAACGGGGACGGCGUGAACUCGGGCUUCGAAAUCGACUCCCGGAACGGGCUGGUUAAGAUCAGGGUGCGCCCCGACCGCGAGACCACGUCGAAGUACCAGCUGAUAGUGGAGGCCAACGACCAAGGAAAAGACCCGGGGCCCCGCAGCGCCACGGCCACGGUGCACAUCACGGUAGAGGACGAGAACGACAACUACCCCCAGUUCAGCGAGAAACGCUACGUGGUCCAGGUGCCGGAGAACGUGGCGGUCAACACCGAGGUGGCCCGGGUGGAGGCCACGGACAAAGACGAGGGCAACAACGCGAAGGUCCACUACAGCAUCAUCAGCGGAAACGUCAAGGGCCAGUUUUACAUCCACUCCCCGACGGGGGUCAUCGACGUCAUCAACCCUCUGGACUACGAGAUGAUCCGCGAGUACAACUUGCGCAUAAAAGCGCAGGAUGGCGGCAGGCCCCCCCUCAUAAACAGCACGGGGGUGGUAGUCGUGCAGGUGGUGGAUGUCAACGACAACGUCCCCAUGUUUGUGAGCACCCCGUUCCAGGCCACCGUGCUGGAGAACGUGGUUGUCGGAUAUUCCGUGAUCCACAUCCAGGCUAUUGACGCGGACUCCGGGGACAACGCCCGUCUGGAAUACAGGCUGCUGGACACGGCCCCUGGCUUUCCCUUCACCGUUAACAACAGCACCGGGUGGAUCACCGUGGCCACGGAGCUGGACAGGGAGACCACCGAGUACUACACCUUUGGUGUCGAAGCGCGGGAUCACGGGAUACCUUCGAUGUCGUCGUCGGCCAGCGUGAGCAUUACGGUGCUGGACGUAAACGACAAUAUCCCCACGUUCACGCAGAAGGUGUACAAUCUGAAAAUCAACGAGGACGCGGUGGUGGGGACCAGCGUGCUGACGGUCACGGCCGUCGACCGCGACGUUAACAGCGUGGUGACCUAUCAGAUCACGAGCGGGAACACGCGGAACCGCUUCGCCAUCACCAGCCAGAGCGGCGGCGGGCUGAUCACGCUCGCCCUGCCGCUGGACUACAAGCAGGAGCGCCAGUACGUCCUUAGCGUGACCGCCUCGGACGGCACGCGCUACGACACGGCGCAGGUCUUCGUCAACGUCACCGACGCCAACACCCAUCGGCCCGUUUUCCAGAGCGCCAGCUACCAGGUGCUGGUCAGCGAGGACCGGCCCGUCGGCUCCACCGUGGUGGUGAUCGGCGCCACCGACGAGGACACGGGGGAGAACGCGCGCAUCACCUACGUCAUGGAAGACAACGUGCCCCAGUUUGCGAUCGACCCAGAUUCGGGGGCCAUCACCACGCAGAUGGAGAUGGACUACGAGGACCAGGCCUCCUACACGCUGGCCAUCAUCGCUCGUGACAACGGCAUCCCGCAGAAGUCUGACAUGACGUACGUGGAGAUCAUCGUCCUGGAUGCCAACGACAACGCUCCUCAGUUCCUCCGCGACGUCUACCAGGGCACCGUGUUUGAGGACGCCCCGAUAUAUACCAGCGUCCUUCAAAUUUCUGCCUCCGACAGGGACUCCGGGUCCAACGGGAGGUUGAGCUACACCUUCCAGGGAGGAGACGACGGCGAGGGCGACUUUCUCAUCGAGCCCUACUCCGGGAUCAUCAGGACGGCCCGGAAGCUGGACCGGGAGAACGUGGCCGAGUACAGCCUGAAGGCCUACGCCGUGGAUAAGGGCGUCCCUCCGUUGAGGGCUGCGGUGGACAUCCGGGUGUCCGUGCAGGACAUUAAUGACAACGCGCCUGUGUUUGAGAAGGACGAGCUGGACGUCUUAGUGGAGGAAAACAGCCCCGUGGGAUCCGUCGUGGCCCGGAUCACGGCUACCGAUCCGGACGUGGGACCCAACGCUCAGAUCAUGUACCAAAUUGUGGAGGGCAACGUUCCGGAGGUCUUUCAGUUGGACAUUUUCUCCGGGGAUCUCGUUGCGCUCGUGGACUUGGACUACGAGACGCGGACGGAAUACGUCAUCGUGGUCCAGGCGACGUCGGCGCCCCUGGUCAGCCGCACCACUGUCCGCGUGAAGCUGGUCGACGUGAACGAUAACGACCCGGUGCUGCGGGAUUUCGAGAUCGUAUUCAACAACUACGUGACCAACAAGUCCAACAGCUUCCCCACGGGGGUGAUCGGCAAGGUCCCUGCCCGCGACCCCGACGUGACCGAUAGGCUCCGCUACAGCUUCGUGGAGGGGAACGAGCUCCAUCUUCUCAUCCUGAACCAGGACACGGGCGACCUCCGGCUCAGCCGAGACCUGGACAACAACCGGCCUUUGGAGGCCACCAUGAAAGUGUCGGUCACAGACGGGAUCCACCGCAUCUUUGCCCGGUGCAAGCUACGCGUGACCGUCAUCACGGACGAAAUGCUGACCAACAGCAUCACGGUGCGCCUGGAGAACAUGUCCCAGGAGCGCUUCCUCUCGCCGCUGCUCUCGCUCUUCAUGGAAGGCGUGGCCGCCGUCUUGUCCACCGGCCCGGAGGACGUCUUCGUCUUCAACAUCCAGAAUGACACGGACGCGCGCGGCAGCAUCCUCAACGUCACCUUCUCGGCCCUCCAGCCGGGCUCCGGGCCCGGCCCCGGGCGCUACUUCCCGUCGGAGGAGCUGCAGGAGCAGAUCUACCUGAACCGCACGCUGCUGACGCAGAUUUCCUCGCAGCGCGUCCUGCCCUUCGACGACAACAUCUGUCUGCGCGAGCCCUGCGAGAACUACAUGAAGUGCGUGUCGGUGCUGCGCUUCGACAGCUCGGCGCCCUUCAUCGCCUCCGACACGGUCCUCUUCAGGCCCAUCCACCCGGUCAACGGCCUGCGCUGCCGCUGCCCCCCCGGCUUCACCGGGGACUACUGCGAGACGGAGAUCGACCUUUGCUACUCGGGACCCUGCCGCAACAACGGGAAGUGCCGCGGCCGCGAAGGGGGCUACACCUGCGAAUGCCUCGAGGACUUCACAGGCGAACACUGCGAGGUGGACGCCCGCUCUGGCCGCUGUGUGCCCGGCGUGUGUAAGAACGGCGGGAAGUGCGUGGACCUGCUGGUGGGUGGGUUCAUGUGCCAGUGCCCCAAAGGGGAGUACGAGAAGCCCUAUUGCGAAGUGACCACACGCAGCUUCCCUGGUCACUCCUUCAUCACCUUCAGGGGCCUGAGGCAGAGGUUCCACUUCACGGUGUCCUUCAUGUUUGCCACACAGGAGAGGAACGCCCUCCUGCUCUACAACGGGAGGUUUAACGAGAAGCACGACUUCAUCGCCCUGGAGAUCGUCGAGGAGCAGGUCCAGCUCACCUUCUCCGCAGGGGAAUCCAAAACGACAGUGUCGCCAUUCGUUCCCGGCGGGGUCAGCGACGGCCAGUGGCACUCGGUCCAGCUGCACUACUACAACAAGGAUAGCCUGCACCUCCUGGACUCCAGCGGGGUGCUGCGCGUUCCCCUUUAUACAGCCUGGCUGGAGCUGAAACAUAAGGAGCCCAACAUUGGACGCCUGGGCAUUCCCCACGGACCCUCGGGGGAGAAGGUGGCUGUGGUUGCCGUGGACGACUGCGACAUCGCCAUGGCGGUGCGUUUCGGCAGCCAGCUGGGGAACUACUCCUGUGCCGCCCAGGGAACGCAAACGGGCCAGAAAAAGUCUUUGGAUCUCACUGGACCGCUGCUCCUAGGGGGUGUGCCCAACCUCCCGGAGGAUUUCCCAGUUCAGAACCUGGACUUCGUGGGCUGUAUGAGGAACCUGACAAUUGACAGCAAGCCCAUGGACAUGGAGAGCUUCAUUGCCAACAAUGGGACCACGGCAGGCUGCGCGGCCAAGAGCGACUUCUGCACCGCCAUCGUGUGCCAGAAUGGGGGGACGUGCGUGAACAAGUGGAACACGUACUCGUGCGAGUGUCCUCUGCACUACGGGGGGAAGAACUGCGAGCAAGUUAUGCCGUCCCCGCUGUACUAUGAUGGCCACGCCCUCGUGUCUUGGGUCGAGCCGGACGUCACCGUCGCUAUCCCCUGGUACGUGGGACUGAUGUUCCGCACUCGCCAGAGUAAUGGGAUGCUGAUGCAGGCCAAUGCUGGAGACGCUUCCCAAGUUAACCUCCAGAUCAGACACAACCACGUGCGCUUUGAAGUGUUCCGGGGUGAGAGGCAGGUGGCUGGCCUGGAGUUCUCCCAGGUCAGAGUGAAUGACGGAGAGUGGCAUCACAUCCUGGUGGAGCUGAAGAGCAUCAAAGACGGGAAGGACAUCAAGUACAUGGCGACUGUUUCGCUCGACUACGGCAUGUUUCAGCAGACAGCUGAGAUUGGGAACGAGCUUCCAGGCCUCAGGCUGAAGAGCCUGUUCGUCGGUGGACUGUUGGGAGCGGACGGAUUGGUAGAGAAAGGGUUCCAGGGCUGCAUGCAAGGCGUUCGCAUGGGGGAGACCGCUACCAACACAGGCAACGUCAACAUGCUCCAGGGCCUGAAGAUCCGUGUAGAGGAGGGGUGUGACCUGGCUGACCCCUGUGACUCCAACGUGUGUCCAGAGCACAGCCACUGCAGCGACGACUGGAGCACCCACAGCUGCGUCUGUGACCCCGGUUAUUUUGGGAACGACUGUGUGGACGCCUGUCAGCUGAACCCCUGCGAACAUGUGUCCAGAUGCGUGCACCGGCCCAGCUCCUCCCAUGGCUACACCUGUGAAUGCGGCCAGAGCUACUAUGGACAGUACUGCGAGAAGAAGGUGGAUCAGCCUUGUCCCCGCGGGUGGUGGGGGAACCCAGCGUGCGGGCCCUGUAACUGCGACACGAGCAAAGGGUUCAACCCCGAGUGCAACAAGACCACGGGCGAGUGUCGAUGCAAGGAUAACCACUACAGACCGGAGGGUUCGGAUACCUGCUACCCGUGCGACUGUUUCCCACUGGGUUCGCUCACGCGUGCAUGCGAUUCGAAAACAGGCCAAUGCUCCUGCAAGCCAGGCGUCAUCGGUCGCCAGUGCAACCGCUGCGACAGCCCUUUUGCCGAGGUGACCGCCAGCGGUUGCGAGGUUGUUUACGAGGGCUGCCCCAAGGCAUUUGACGGUGGAAUCUGGUGGCCCAAAACCAAGUUUGGACGUCCUGCUGCUAUGAACUGUCCGAAAGGGUCCAUCGGCACCGCGAUCCGGCACUGCGGCGACGAGAAAGGGUGGCUGCCUCCACAGCUCUUCAACUGCACCACCGCGACCUUCUCCCAGCUGAAGACCAUGAAUGAGCAGAUGCAGCGUAACGAGUCCAGGAUGGACGGGGAGAAAUCGAAGACCAUCGCCCACAUGCUGGAAAACGCCACCAAGCACACGCCCAACUUCCACGGCAGCGACGUUAGGACCGCGUACCACCUCCUCUCCCGGGUGCUGCAGUACGAGAGCCGGCAGCAGGGUUUCGACCUGGCCGCUACCCGCGAUGCUCAGUUCAACCAGAACAUCAUCGUGGCUGGUAGCGCCAUCUUGGACCCCAGCAACAAGGAGCACUGGGACCAGAUCCAGCGGUCCGAGGGCGGCACCGCCCACUUGCUGCGGAACUUCGAGGAGUACGCCAACAACGUGGCUCAGAACAUGAGGAAGACCUACCUGAAGCCGUUCACCAUCGUCACGGAUAACAUGAUUGUUGCCAUCGAUUACCUGGACGCGUCCGGUCCGGACCAAGCGAAGAUCCCUCGUUUCCAGGAGAUCCGGGAUGCCUACCCAAAGGACCUAGAAUCUUCAGUGCGAUUCCCAGAGUUUAUCGCUAAACCAGCUAACGAUAAAGCGAGAACUAUAGAGGACCCUGCUGUUGAUACCGAUCCCGCCGACGGGGAUAACACCGUACCCGUGAAAAGAAGACGCCAUGUGGAAAGUGCCGGUCCCCACCCGGUCGCCAUGGUGAUAGUGUACAGGUCACUGGGCCAGCUGCUGCCGGAGCAAUACGACCCGGACCGGCGGAGUCUGAGGCUGCCUAACCGACCCGUGAUCAACACCCCCAUUGUAAGCACCGCAGUCCACAGUGAAGGGGUGCCGUUGCCCUCCCCUCUGGAGCAGCCGAUCACCCUGGACUACACCCUGCUGGAGACGGAGGAGCGCACCAAGCCCAUCUGCGUCUUCUGGAACCACUCCAUCACGGUUGGAGGUACGGGUGGAUGGUCCUCCAAGGGCUGCGAACUCAUCUCCAGGAACACCACCCACAUCAGCUGCCAGUGCAACCACAUGACCAGCUUCGCGGUGCUCAUGGACAUCUCGAAGCGAGAGCAUGGCGAAGUGCUGCCCUUGAAGAUCGUCACCUACGCCGCAUUAUCGGUCUCGCUGGUAGCCCUUCUCCUCACCCUCAUCCUACUCCUCGCCAUCCGUAAGCUGCGCUCCAACCUGCACGGAAUCCACAAGAACCUGGUGGCCGCGCUCUUCCUCUCCGAGCUCGUCUUCCUCGUCGGCAUCAACCAGACCGACAACCCGUUUGUGUGCACAGUGAUCGCCAUCCUGCUGCAGUACUUCUGCAUGUGCACCUUUUCCUGGACCUUCGUGGAGGGCUUACACAUUUACCGUGCGCUGACCGAGGUGCGGAACAUUGACCACGGCCACAUGCACUUCUACUACGCCAUGGGCUGGGGCGUCCCUGCAGUCAUCACAGGUCUGGCUGUGGGUCUGGACCCCCAGGGUUACGGGAACCCCGACUUCUGCUGGCUGUCCGUGUACGACACCCUCGUCUGGAGCCUGGCCGGACCCGUCUCCGUCGUGGUUCUGGUCAGCAUUGUCAUAUUUGUGCUCGCUGUGAAGGCUUCCUGCGGACGAAGGCGCCGAGCCUUUGAGAAGUCAGGAUUCACCUCAGCCCUGCGAACGUCCUUCCUGCUGCUGCUGCUCGUCAGCGCCACCUGGCUGUUGGGUCUCAUGGCGGUCAACAGCGAUGUCAUUGUCUUCCACUACCUGUUCGCCGUCUUCAGCUGCCUGCAGGGGAUAUUCAUUUUCUUCUUCUACUGCAUCUUCAACAAAGACGUGCGGAAGAACCUGCGGAACGUCUUUUCGGGGAAGAAGGCCUUAACGGAUGAUUCCACCACCACUCGUGCCUCCCUGUUGACUAGGUCUCUGAACUGCAACAACACGUACACAGAGGAGGGCGCCCUGUACCGCACGCCCAUCGACGAGUCUACCGUUUCCGUGGAGAACAGCGUCAGGGACGACUCCGUGCAGAAGCCCAGUAUUUCUUCAGGCGGAGCCAAGGCGGCACGCGCCGACGGCGACCCCUCCGUCUUCCAACAGAACGGUGCCAAGGCUGACGACUCGGACUCGGACAGCGAGCUCUCGGCAGAUGAGCAGAGCAGCUCCUACGCUUCCUCCCACUCCUCGGACAGCGAGGAUGAAGAAACGGACUCCAGAGCCAAGUGGAGAGGCAGCACGCCCAAGAACAACGAGCGGCAGCCUCUGAACAGCACUCCCAAAGAUGCGGCAUCCAAUCACAUGAAACCUUACUGGCCGGUGGAGGCCGCCACAGCCAGCGACAGUGAGGACCCGGGAGGCGCGGAGAGGCUCAGGGUGGAGACCAGGGUCAGCGUGGAGCUGCACCCGGAGAAUAAGCUCAACCACUUGGAGGAGUCUGUCCAGGACAAGGAGGGAACACCUUCUGGCAACCAGCAGCCCGAGCAGAGGAAGGGAAUUUUGAAAAACAAGAUCACUUACCCGCCGCCACUCGCGGACAAGAACAUGAAGAACCGCCUUCGGGAGAAGCUUUCCGAGUGCAACCCGCCCGCAAUCUCAUCCGCGCCUGGGAACAACAGCGCCGUCAUUAAAAACUCCCAGCGGCUCACGGCGGCGCCCCCCCAGGAGCAACCCAACGGGGUCGCCAUGACCCUACGUGCAGGGGCCCUGAACGGAGGCGACGGCACCGACUCGGACGGCAGUAAUGAAACCUCAAUCUGACCCAGCAGGAAAUCCAGGGAGGUCCUGCCCUCCUGAGGUGAGGGAACUCUAUCCCCGUCCCCCUGUUGUGGGGUGGGUUACGGAGGAUGGGGGGAGACCCCCUUGUACCUCGUACCCCUCGGCUCUUCAGCUCCUAUGGAGAACAGCGUUGCUGCAGACUUUUGCCUGCCUGAGUAAAAGGGAAUGUGUCCGUGCCCAGGGUCCGAAAAGACGGCGCGCCGCUGCCGGACCGCCGAAGGACGUAGCGGCCGUGUCUCCUACCGGGCAGCCCUGUGCGCCCCGGUCGCUUUGCCUCAAGCCAAAUCUAUUGUCAUUACAAGUCGAACGUUUUCUAUUUCUCUGGCUUGCUGGGUGGGUGAGAGGCAUCCGUCUCCCAUGAGGCCACGUUGGCCUGUUUUUAUCGUAAAGGACUGUGAGCAUCGGUGAGGAUGGACAUACGCCGGCCUCGUGCGCCGAGAUCUUCUCUGGCCCAGUGGAAGCUCUGUCGCCGCUCGAGCCCGUGAGCUGCAAACCCUCAGAAACACCCAAAGUGCCUACCUGCGCAUCGGCUGCGCUCGCUCGCUUUGUCUGUUGCGGCUCUCCGUAGUUUUUCGGCGUUUUUAUCUGGACCGUUUCACGCGGAACAAUGUUCACGUGUGUAUUUUAAGAGGUGAUUCAAAACGGUGGCGACGACGGUUCCGUGAGCCGAAUGCAGGUCCUCGAGUCUUGCUGGCAGCGUUUUGCCUGAUUCUGAGAAACCCGCUUGUGGUAGAAAGAUCCCUCCAAAAUACCACCUUUACCUACCCCUUUCGGCGAGGUCACGCACUAACCAUAAGCUUUCGUUGAACGUCCACAGAACUGUAGGAACCACCUCUGACGCGUGACGCUUCCCCGCGUCAGGCUGCACCCGAGCCGAAGUGCCUGAAUUACGUUUGUAUGGCAGAGGUGAACGGACCUGGUCUUUUCACCGUCAUCUCCGUCUCCUGCAGUGAGAUCAGCAAAGGCCUCGUUAACAGGCGCCGAAUGUCUUCCUCGGUUACACAACUACUCCAUUGUGCGCCUCUCCGAGGUCACGAUCUUCCGUUCUUUACUCCGUACGGGAGGGGAACCUUAACUUUCGCUUUCCGCAGCCAUUCAUUUUGUUUUUACCUUUCAAAUCUAAAGGCACGGUUUUAUUUGAAGAACGCUGUCAGAUGCAGGACACAGUGGUGACGGCGGUGCCAGUUGUCUUCUGUCAUGCAGCGCUCCUUUGGAGCGUACUAAACGUUGCCAUGGAGAUAGUGCGCGAGAUGCGCUAACGGAGAGUAUCGGGUGUCCUCGCCGUUCCUCUGCGUUAACCGUCGAGGCGAGAGAUGAGAAAGGAGCCGCCUCGGCGUCACCGUGAUGUGAUGCGACAGCAGGGCGAAGGUGGAAGCGGACGCCCGGUGGACGAUCGCUGCUGUCCGUGACGGAAGCGUCUUCUACGAGCAGUUCCAUCCGACCCGCCGAAACAAAAGCGACACCGCUGUGUACGUCACUCCCAUCCCAACCGAAAGUGUACCAAGUCAUCUGAUCCCUCCGAUUUUGUUUUUGUAUAAUUCACACUGGAACUGUUUUGUAACCUAUGUGUAUUUAUUUUUUAUGGUUUUAAGACA